GGUAAAUAAUUUCAUUGGCAGCACUGGGCCAUCAGAAGAUCAGCCGCCAUUUAAGUUCUGUCGUCGGUUGUUAAAUGUCUUUGUUCGCAUUUUUUUCGAAAGUCUAUAUUUAGUACAUUUAGCCAAAUAAAAAUUUUAGCUAGCAAAAAUGGACGAUGAAUGGGAUGAUUCUCCUGCAGUUGUAUUACCCCCGCCAGUAGCAAAUAAUGGUUACUAUCAAGAUAAUGUAGAUGAAGGUCACAGUUUAUCGAGAGGCAGAGGCUUUCAAUCAUUUAAUGACAAUGAUUAUUCAAAAGAUAUGGACAAUGGGUUUGGGGAGAGGAGGGGCCGUGGCGGAGGCAGAGGUCGUGGAGGCCGUGGUGGAAGAGGAGGUACCCGGGAACCUAGAAAUUUUGACUCAAAUGGAGAUUCCAAUGAUGAGGAUAGAGAUAGAGGUGAAAGAGGUGAUCGUGGUAGGGGAAGAGGUAGAGGCAGAGGAGGGGGAGGACGAGGUGGUCGUCACAAUGAUGGAGGGUUUGACAAUGAAGCAGGAGGUGAUGAUGAAAUGAAAAAGGCACCAGUCACCUAUGUGCCUCCGGAUCCCACAGACAAUGAACAAGAAAUGUUUAGCAGUACCAUCAGCUCGGGAAUUAAUUUUGAUAAGUUUGAUCGCAUUGCUGUUAAAGUGAGUGGAGAAAAUCCACCACGACCGAUAGAAAGUUUUGAAUCUGCAAACUUACGGAAGUCUGUGUUGGAAAAUAUAGCAAGAUCAGGCUAUAAGAAGCCUACUCCUAUACAAAAGCAUGCCAUUCCAAUUAUAGCGGAGGGCCGGGAUCUUAUGGGCUGUGCACAGACGGGUUCUGGAAAAACAGCAGCCUUCCUUGUGCCUAUAAUAAAUAAGAUCCUUGAAGAGGGAGCACCACUUACUGUGAGUCCUAAUGCUCAACCGCAGGUUAUAAUAGUAUCACCUACAAGGGAAUUAACACUUCAAAUAUUUAAUGAAGCAAGGAAAUUCUCAUAUGGUUCUGUAGUGAAGGUUGCUGUGGCAUAUGGAGGAACUGCUGUCCGCCAUCAAAGUGAUAACAUUUCUCGCGGCUGCCACAUCCUGGUGGCGACCCCGGGGCGGCUGCACGAUUUCGUUGACCGGCGGCGCGUGUCAUUCGAGCAGGUGCGCUGCGUGGUGCUGGACGAGGCGGAUCGCAUGCUCGACAUGGGCUUCAUGCCUACUGUUGAGAAGAUGAUGGAACAUCCCACUAUGGUGCCUAGUACUGAGCGCCAAACUUUGAUGUUCUCUGCGACGUUCCCCGAGGACAUCCAACACCUGGCAGGUCGUUUCCUCAACAACUACCUGUUCAUCGCUGUAGGCAUUGUGGGCGGUGCCAGCACUGAUGUUGAGCAGAUAUUCCACCAGGUCACCAGAUACGAGAAGCAGAACACACUCAAGAAACUUAUCGAGGAUAAUGAUGGUAAACGCGUGUUAGUGUUUGUGGAGACGAAGCGCAACGCGGAUUUCAUAGCGGCGAUGCUGUCGGAGCAGCAGAUGCUGACAUCGUCCAUUCAUGGUGACCGCAUGCAGCAGGAGCGCGAGGAAGCGCUGCAUAACUUCAAGAGCGGCAGGCACUGCAUACUGGUCGCCACCGCGGUCGCCGCAAGGGGACUAGAUAUCAAAAACGUUGACAUUGUGGUCAAUUACGAUCUGCCAAAGAGCAUAGACGAGUACGUGCAUAGAAUUGGACGUACCGGGCGAGUCGGCAACAGGGGCAUGGCCGUCUCCUUCUUCGAUGCAGACCAUGAUAUGGCGCUAAUGGCGGACCUGGCGAAGAUACUGCGGCAAGCGGAUCAGCCCGUACCCGACUUCUUGGAGGGCGGCGGCACUGCCACUUACACCGGCAACAAAUACGGCGGCAGCGAUGUUCGGAACUUUGGCAACGCGCCUUCUAACAUGGCUCAAGGUCAAGAACCUGAGGAAGAGUGGUAAAUAACAUUGUCCAAUAUUAAGAAGCAUUGCCAAAAAGUUUGGCAGCUAGUGCAACUAAUGAUGCAUGUAUGUCAUUGGUGCUUCACUCAUAGAGUUCUGCCUAUCCCAGAUAGGACCUAGCGCAUACAUUUAACCUGAAAAAGACUGCAAUUUGACAAGUAUUGUAGUUAAGUGAUUUAUUUUAAGACUCAUGUACAAAAUACGAUCCUCAGUGACUAUUGUAAACAGUAAUAUAAGGCAAGGGAUGCUCGAUGACAUUGAUUUUAAUAAGAAAAAUUAUCGAUUAAGAAUCGAUGUUUAACAUUUUGUUCCUUUUAAUAUAACUAAAUUGAAAAUAGCUACAUAAUUUAUAUUGUAACAAGCAAAAAAAGUAAAAAUCUAAAUCUAUUAAUGUUUGAACUUCCAACAUCCCUAUUACAAACAAUAAAUGUAAUACAUACAUCAUUUCGUUGUACUUUUAAGUUGUUUCAGUUCUUUGAUUUUUUUUGCUUAUUGAAGCUGUUUUUAUUUUUUUUUUAUUUGUUUUCCUUAUGUACAAACUUAAGUUUAAAUUUGGUAUAAGCACAUCACUAAGCCAUCCUAUUUUUGUAAGGAUCUGUGAUGUGUAGAUUUAAAGUUGCUCAGUUAAAAUUUUAAUAAUAGUUAUUAUUAUGCAAUAGUUUUAUAUGUUUGUUAUAGAGCUAACAUCUACUAGACAAGACCACCUAGAGACUGUUGUUGAAUGGGAUAAAAAUUGACUCACUUGCCCUUUUUUUUUUUCAAAAUCAAGUUUUUACAUAGUACAAAAAUAUUUUUAGACUUAUUAAUUUGUAUCUAUGAAGAUUCAGUCUAUUUAUAAAUCAACUAGUAUGCCCAUAUCACGGCCUAACCUUGCUUUUUGAACUUAUGAUAAUAGAAAUUUAUUUCCCGAUCGACGAUUUCUUUAGGCGGCCUUAGAACAAAUAAU